AUGCGAGCUGGACUACUCAAUCGUAGAAGGACUCUCAGUAUUGGAUGCUGGAAUGUACGAACGUCCCUGGACCCUGGUACCCAAAGUCUGACCGCACGCAGCCUCCAUCAGUACAACGUGGAUGUCUGCUGUCUGUCUGAGGUACGACUCCCUGACUCGGGCUCUCGUGAAAUAAAGAUCCCGGCAGUCGAAUCCCACUUCACCCUGUACCACAGCGGCCCCCGUGAUUCCUCUGGUCGAUACGGUGUGGCGAUCGCCUUAUCACAACAAGCGGAGCUUGCGCUACUUGCUUGGGAACCAGUAAAUGACCGGAUGGCCUACGUGCGACUGAAGGGUCACUUCACGAACAUCUCCAUCGUAGCUGUGUACGCACCAACUUCGGCUGCCGAACAGCGCGAUAAAGAGGCGUUUUACUCUCAGUUGCAAGCGCUAGUUGAAAGACUGCCUCGCCGCGAUCUGCUGAUUGUUGCUGGCGAUUGGAAUGGUCGAACUGGACCUGGCGACCCCACAACCAGUCAUCUUCUUGGCCGCUUUGGGCUUGGUUCUCGAUGUGAAAAUGGUGAGAGAUUGCUGAACUUCGCUGAUCGAAACCGACUGCUUGUCACCAACACAUGCUUCCAGCAUCGCAAAAAACAUCUGCUGACCUGGUAUUCAAACGACGGUCGUACGGCCAGUCAUAUUGACUACAUACUAGUCAGCUCAAGGUUCCGCAGCUGGGUUCACGAUAGCAGAUCGAUGUGUGGUGCCGAGACUGGUAACGCCCAUGGGUCGGAUCGUGUCCUCGUCCGUACACGCCUGAAAGUUCACCUCUCAUCCGCACCAAAAAUGCCACGUCCUAGACGCCUCAAUGUCGCAAAAAUCCGGCAAGCCAGCACCGCCGAGGCCCUAAGCAGAGAAAUCCGGACCUGUUUUACGGCCCGAGUCGACAAAGAAGUCAGUAACCAGUGGUCGUCACUGAAGACAUCAGUCUAUGGGGCAGCUGAGAAAAUCCUUGGAUACACCCAGCGACGCCGCACGGACUGGAUCAGCGGAAGAACCCUGCAGUUGUCUGCUCAGACGGCUAGAGCCAGGUCCCGCAACGAUGACUACUUCCGCCAACUUCGGAAGAUGACGGCAAAAUCGGCCAGGGAUGACCGGAAACAAUAUUGGGCUGAAAUAGCGACAUCCAUGGAACAGGCCUCGAACGUUGGUGACACUCGAAAGCUCUACCGUCUGAUCCGCCAAGUUAGCGGUAAGCCCUCUACACUGAGUGACUCUGUCCGCGAUGUGAACGGCGGCUUUAUUGCUGACAACUCGGCCAAAGUCGAGCGCUGGCGUGAGCACUUUGAGCACCAUCUCAACUUCGAUACCCAACCUAUAUCGCCCUUGUUCUCCUCCUCAGCGGAGUUUCUUCCCUCUCCUACCUAUGCAGUGCCAUGCGAUCCCCCCUCCGAGGAAGAAGUCUCCGAUGCCAUACGAAAGUUGCGCAACAAUAAGGCACCCGGAGAGGACGGUAUACCUGCUGAAAUCUUCAAGUCUUGUGUGGACACUCUGGCGCCCUGGCUCCAUGAGGUGAUUGAACGAGCGUGGAGAGACGAGGUUGUUCCUGAUGACUGGGGCUUAGGCAUCCUUGUACCUAUCCUCAAGAAGGGAGAUAAGACGAGGUGCGAGAACUACCGCGGCAUAAGUCUUAUCGACGUUGCUGCGAAGAUCUUCGCUAUUGUCCUACUCAGACGAUUCCAGGCUGUGCGUGACUCAAGGACGAGGCCCAACCAAGCCGGAUUUCGUGCUGGACGUGGAUGCGCAGAUCAGAUCUUCACACUGAGGCGCAUUCUCGAAUUUCGCCAUAGCUACCAACAACCGACAGCCGUCUGCUUCGUUGACUUUGCCGCCGCGUUCGAUUCCGUUCACCGUGAGUCCCUGUGGCGGAUAAUGGCGCUAGAUUGUGUACCGGCCAAAAUCAUCGCCAUGAUCAAGGCCUACUAUCAUUCCACUACUGCGAGAGUCCUGGUCCGUAACAAUUUCUCCCAACCGUUCGGUAUUCGGUCUGGCGUCCGACAGGGUUGUAUCCUGUCACCCAUACUGUUCAACUACGCUAUUGACUGGAUCCUCGGGAGGGCCCUACGCGACAGUGACGGUGUUGAAUUUGCACCCGGACAUCGACUGACUGAUCUCGACUAUGCCGAUGAUAUCGCCUUACUGGCUUCAAGUUUUGGUGAUCUGCAGUCUAUGGUGUCACGAGUGAACGAGGUCGCUAAAUCAGUCGGUUUGUCCAUAAACGCUGGGAAGACCAAAGUAUUCUCAAGCUGCAUCCCUGACCAGGAGAAGGCACCCCUGGGGAUUGAUGGCUGUCAACUUGAAGAAGUGGACAGUUUUAAAUACCUCGGGGCGCGGCUGCUGCCUAAUGGACAGAGUAAGGACGACAUUGUCUCCCGAAUCGAUGCUGCCCGCUGGGUUUUUUCAAGCCUUCGGAAAUGCCUGUGGAACCAACGUGACCUCUCCAUCGCCACUAAGAUUCGCGUGUACCGUGCAUCUGUCCGGUCUGUCCUUCUCUAUGGUUGUGAAUGCUGGGCUUUGCGCGUGGCGGAUGAGCGAAAACUGGAGGUAUUUGACCACCGCUGCUUGAGGAUCAUCCUUCGAGUGAAGUUAACCGAUUUCGUCUCAAAUGAGAUAGUCCGCGCUCGCUGCGACAACAUCGCGAGGAUAACUCAGGCCAUCCAAGAAAGACGACUGAGGUGGUUCGGGCAUGUUCUUCGUCGUCCACCUCAGGAGCUCAGUGUUACUGCUCUCGAUCCGGCGCCGUUGCCCCAUUGGAGGCGUCGAAGAGGGGGUCAGUUCAAAACCUGGCUCGACACUGUCUGUCAAGACAUGGAGGUGGUUCUUGGACCUUCGGUAUUCGGUCUCCGUCGUUGGCGAAGGGAAUGGGUUGAGCUGUCUAGAUCUGCUGCCGCGGAUCGUCACGCGUGGAGAGGUACAAUUCGGGACAUCAUCGAGGCCGGCUAG